AAUUUGACAGAAACAGAAUAACAAACACAGAAGCUUUGUAAAAAAGGUUAAAAAUUGGAUAAAAAUACUAAAAUAUGGAUAAAGCAAAACAAUCAGGAUACGAUGCACGUGAUGAUGGACCAGGAUUUGUAGGAAUUCGUUUUUGUCAAGAAUGUAAUAACAUGUUGUAUCCAAAAGAAGAUAAAGAAAAUAAAGUACUUUUAUAUGCUUGCCGAAAUUGUGAUUACAAACAAUUAGCUGACUCAAAUUGCAUUUAUGUGAACAAAAUUAUGCACGAAAUUGAUGAAUUAACACAUAUUGUACCAGAUGUAGUAUCUGAUCCAACUCUCCCACGAUCCGAGGAUCAUCAUUGUCCAAAAUGCAAUUAUAGGGAAGCCGUGUUUUUCCAAGCUCAGACACGUCGAGCUGAAGAAGAAAUGAGACUUUAUUAUGUGUGUACAAAUCCACAAUGUACCCAUAGAUGGACUGAAUAGAUUCCAAUUAAUAUUUUAAAAUACAUAUGAAAUUUUUUUGAAACAAUA